UCUUGGCCAUAUAGGUUGGCGUUAAGGUGUACAUAAUCAUUUUCCAAGUGCAAAAGAUAUCGUUUUGCUCUUGCUUCUUUAGUCGAUUCUCGUGGAAAUGAAAAUAUACUUUAUGAGAAGUUAGGAGGAGUGGUUGUGACGAGUUUGGAGCUCCGAUUUAUCUUUGAUUAGGCUUAGCAAGUUCCGGCUUCGUCAUGGAGAGCUUCAAAGUGACGUAUAUUCUCGCCUUUGUCAUCGGUGGUGCCUUCGUUCUUACAACUGAAGGUGGACCCUACUCUUGGAUGGUCAAGGACGAAUUUGAUCAAGUGAUGGACAAAAUGAACUCCAUCACUCCUGAAAAUUGCCACCACAAACCAGAGGGUGACCUGUUACUUUCCCUAACCUCUGUCACGCAGGUCCCAAAGUUUAAUAAACUUUUGACUGACAUUAUUUUUGCUAACAGAACCAAGUUACUUCACUUGCACAACAUGGCGUUGAACCGUGCUAUGUAUUACAGUUAUAUUAUUCAGUACUUGAGUUUGGCAAACCAGUCUGAAUACCAGCCAGGCUUCUUGUACUAUUAUUUCUCAGCCGCGGCUGACGUAGCGGCCAAUCCAGGCACCAUCAACGGCUCAGGAAUCUUCUACGACAAUAACUUAAUGUAUACAAACUUUUACAAAAGUAUCCGUGUCAACAACACCAUCCCGUUAUUUGGACCUCGGGCUUGGCGGAUUGAAGAUUACAAUGAUCCAACAAAUUGGCUGCGGGAACCUACGAAUCAUACCAUUGAUGUUAUCGAUUACGGAGCCGGUGUGGAAAGUAACUACACACUACCGGGCUACAAAUUCAACCAGUGGUACAAACUUUGGUUACCGGAUAAUGAUAAAUCGCAAGAUUCCCUGACUAAAUACCAGUACCAAAUUAGCACCAAAUAUUCUGAUCGGACUGGCACGUUCCGUAAUGGUGACAGUUUUACAGCGGCAAAGUUCUUCGGGCCCCCAUCACCUGGUGAGAAGGACACAAACAAUAACAUGCCGGUGAAGUUUACGCCGCCAUACUACGAUUGCGGCCGCUCCAACAAAUGGAUUGUGAGCGCGGUCUCUCCCAUUGUUGAUCACUUGGCAAGAUAUCACAAAUGGGAGCAUAUCAAAAGAAAUAGGUUUGUAGCUGUUGCCUCGAUGGAUAUCGACUUCCUAAAGAUUGAUAUCAACCAGUGUCCUGUCAGUAAGGGAAACUCCGAUCCUAACCUGUUUGCUGGAACAGAUAGAUGUAAACAGCAGACAACUAUGUGCGAACCUCACCCAGGCUGGGGCUUCCAGCGUGGAGGUUAUCAGUGCCUGUGCCGUCCAGGGUUUAGGUUACCCUUCUACCAGACAUUGCCAUUCCAAGGGCUCAAUAUUGAGCAGGCCACAGAAAAUGAAUACACCAAUGGUUUUGAUUGUCUCCCAGUUGGAAGAAAACAGGCCCUGCCUGUGGUGGAAGGCUCAACGAUUGUUGAUGGGAGUAGAAAGAGGCGUAGCAUGGACCAAAGGAAAAUCACCAAGGAAGAGCUGCUCCGCAAUGAGCAAUGGUUUGCAGAGCACCUCCUCAACAAAAAGCUGGAGGAACGUCGCAAACGCAGCGCUGAAUAUCGGUCAAGUAUCUACACAAUGGCAAAGGAUCGAUUCUUGAGUGCCGUCAAGCCUAUUGUUGACCAGUGUCGUGAAGAAUUCAAGACAGAGAAGCGCCGCAAAAGGUUGGUCCCAAGAUAUAGCUUCAAUCCCGAUCAGAAGACCCAGUUCUUAGAGCUUGCAGCGCCAUCUCUUGUCGACAAGGUAGAGUUGAGGCGGAAGAAGCGUCUGACGCACAACUAUGGCCAGCAGUUCUUGAGGACUUUGAACCGAGCAAAGGAGAUGGAGAACCCAACUCGCAAGAAAAUCGUGGCGCGUCAUUCUCGUAAGAAGCGCAGCAUCAACACAAUCAGGGAGGCUUUCAACCAGGAGGCGUCGACAAGAAUGAUUGAGUUGUUCGCUCGCAAGGAUUCAAUCACAGGGAGUAACUGCUUGACCAAGAAUGAGGACGAGCUCCAUUUGCCUGGUAACAUAGCCUUCGGAAAAGAAGAGUUCUUCGAGUCCCAGUCCAGAACUGCUCUGCGUCUUGCCCACUUUCUGUCCAUUUUCCUCCAAAACAUUGAUCUUGAAGAAAGGUAUGGUGACCUCGAGGGAGACCACUUCCUCAACAAAGAUCAGCUCUUUGCCGAGGUGGUUGCAAACGUCAUGGCCGAUAAUCGCAUCUUCGCAAGCGGCAUCUACUUCGACCAAGACCAGUACAAGAACGCCACCCACAUCACAGAGUACUUUGCACCCUAUGCAUGGAGAGUUGUAUCUGACGGCACCUCGAGCGGUCUGACCUUCAAAGCCAAGGACAUGGCCGGUCUGAUCAAGGGAAAGGCCAACUAUAUAUUCCAGGAGUUCUACAAAGAUGUAAAAGAUCGUUGGGCAUCGAAUACCUAUGGUCUGGAAAAGUUCACCUUGAAGCCUAUGAUCCGUACAGACGCCAAUGCAACCUCAAUUAAGAAGUUCGAACAUUACCCGAUGUACUACCGAGGCCCGAAGCUUGACGAUGGCCAUUGGACGCCUCCAUAUUUUGAUUGUGGUUCUGUCGGUGGGGAAGUGAAAGAUUGGGUGAUGACCUAUGCCGUCCCGUUCUUUGGUCUCAAUAGCCUAAAGACGACCCUUGAAUUCAAGGGUGUAGUAACUGUAACUGUCAAGUUAGAUGAUCUUGAUCUCCAACAAUGUCCAGAUGAGUUUUACGUUGCCAGUGCUUUCAAGAAUACAGCUCGUUGCGACUACGAGAGCACCACGUGUGUGCCACUGCCAGGCCGCAAGUUCAAGCGUGGAGGGUACAAGUGCGUGUGCAAGCAGGGCUAUGAGUAUCCCUUCGCUGACUUUGCAUGGUUCUACGAUGGCCAGACCAUGGAGGAGGAGUUCAAGAAGAUGCAGGAAGGAAGAAAAAACAGGUACUUUACGUUGAAGUGCCGACCGGCGGGUGCCGGAAUGGUGUCCAUCAGUUGGUUGUUGAUGUCGCUAGCCACCGUCAUUGGUUAUAUCAUGCAGCACUGAGCCAAGGGAUGAACACAUCUCAAUUCAAAUCGGUGCUGCUUUUAUGGCCUUAAUAAUUCUUCAUUGCAAGCCCUCACAUGAGAUAUACUGACUCGUAUUCGGAAGUUUUCCAGCAAAGAGGCCAUUUUGCUUCUUUCCAGCAAAGAAGCCAUUUUGUUUUUAGUAUAGCAGAUUUAAAAAAUAUAAUACUUGUCCAAUUUGAAGUGAAAGUGGUGUUUUAUUAUAGAGCUUUUCAGGCUUGUUGGCAUGACAUACCUUCUAGGUGUUUAUAUAAUCAAGCUAGCCCAGAUCUAAGCAUGUCAAGUGUGGGCACUUUCAUAACUAUGUAUGUGGUACCGGUAUUCAAAGAUCACUUAUCAACAUGUUUGACUACUUAACCCUUUGUGCCACAUUUUCUAUGUCUCAAAAAGCCACACAACUUAACUAACGAAACCUGGUACCUUUUACAGUUCCUAAUGUGAGUCCUUGUCUUCAGAAUAUAAACACACCAAGAAAACUGUCCAUGCAGAAUAGUGAUAAGUCCUUUUCAGGUAGAAAGUGACUACUAGCAGUUUUGUAAAUAAGGUUCACACAGCUACAGUUGGGAUUAAUGAUUGCUCAUAGCUUGUAUAGGGAACCAAGUCUGUUCAUGAUUGCAGCAUGCACAGCUUUCACAGGCGUUUGAUAAUUUCGGAUGUAGGUUAUUGGCUCAACAAUUGUAACCGACCACGAACAUGCCCAAAUGGACCUUGACCUAAUGUGUGCUAAAGAGGGCACUUUCUCCCAGCGACAAUGUCUUGGAUGUAAAUAUUAUUAUCAACAUAGCUGUUGUUCAUGUAUAUAAUCAUUUUGAUAGUGCCACUAUAGAUGUCCGUCAAAAUUGUAUAUCAUGGUUUCUAAAGAUAGUGUCAGACACUAGUUUUCUAUCAAAAUUUUUCACCAGAAGAUAUAUUUGCUUCAUUCUCUCGAAUAUGUUUUCCACACUGUUGUCAAAGUUCGUCAUAUUUCACAUCAUGAAUGGCAUUGUAUUUGUAAUCAACAGUGCAUUGGUUUGUAAAGUGUAAGAUAUAGUCCAUGCAUCUCAAAAGUCAGAGUUAUCUUUUGUCCGUAGAAGUUUCUAUGUGCUUGCAUGUGACUGUCACAGAUUGUAGUUUCUGCUUGAUUUGAAUAUCUGCAAGUUUACAAAAGCGCUGAAGCAGUUGACUGGAAGCUUGUUUGUUUUUUGGUAUAUGUUUAUUUCUAAUAGCAGAAAGCAAUCAGUAAUGACUUCGCUACACGUUUAAAAAGACUGUGCAAAACAGGCGCAUUUUGACAGAAAAAUUAAGAAGACAAGAGGCUAAGUGGAAUACAUUGGUUUUUUGUAAUGAGAGUGUUAAACAUUCUUAGUUCACAGUGAAAAACUGUGUGCAUUCGAUGACGGUAAAACAUUCAGAGGUUUUGAUACACCAGAUACUCUUUGUUCUUAGAGGGACACUCUUUUAGAGAUUUGUUAUGUCCGCUUCAAUUAUGUAUAUUCAUAGCUUGUACUUUAUGUAUCUUUUGACCAAACCGUAUCCUAGUUUUUAGCAAGCCUAUCGUUGGCACGGUUAUAUUUGCUUUGAAAGUUGUGGCGAAAGAAGAAGACCCUUUUCAAUAUAGGCUUGCCAAGCACCAUCAUGUGGGCAGAUGAAUACUAAUAUUGGGUGAUUGCUUUGAUCCAAGAGUGAGAUGAAAUAAAACCGAGUUAAUCAAUGUUGUCUGGACAGUUCUUCUUGUAAACUUAAUUGUCUUUUAGCAUUCUGGCGUUACUAAAUGCCGACUUUCAUCCAGUUUUAGUUCUUUUUUCCUGACUGUGGUGGUGCUGUCUGUUUUGGUAAGGUCUUUGGUCAUACUGUAUAUUGUAAUGCAAGUCGUGCAGUCACAAAGAUUGGUUGUACUAAUAGUAUCAAGUCAACUUGUAGUAAAGGUUUGAUUGUACAAUAAAGAUGAUUAUUAUGUUCUGUUUGUCUAUAGGUUAAAUGAUAAAAUAUUUUAAAUGAUCGAAAAUUGAUUGUGUGAUAUAUGUAAUUGAGGUGUAAAUAUUCGGAAGAUGAAAUUAAUCAAGCUUGUAUAAUGAGAAUUUCGAUAUAAAAAAAUAUAGACUUGUGCAAAAUGUAUAGAAAAACCUUAUGUAUUGAAGGUAUAUUCAGAGACUUCUUUGACACUGUCUGUGCCUGACAACAAGCAGAUGACCAUACAAAUUACAGGGGUCACUUUGCAUUGAGCUCUCAGGAAUAGUAUAACUUAAUGCAUAAGGUUCGUUUUCAUUUUUCCUUUGUGGUAUAAAGUAGAUCUCAUAUGUAACCUUUCAGGAUCUCAAAUUGGCGAGUUCCUGCCAAAUCGGGCUAUUGUUCGCCAAUUCAGUCUGGCUUAGUCGAAUCGGGUGGCAAUGGCCAGUUCAGGCUACAUUUUUAUGGCAUAGCUUGAUCAAUGAGGAUGGCAAAGAUGGCGUGUUCCAACACGUACAGCAUAUCACAUGCAUCAAAAAUGUGCAUUACCUAAAUGUGCAUUGUCGAAUUGGCAGGCGAUGACCCAAUUUGGCCAUUGCCCUUCUCUCUGGGUUCCUUCCCUGACAGGUAACUUCACAUAACUGACUGGCACACAUCAAGCUAUUCUUCUACACGGCACAUUCCUUUUAUAAACUGUCUAUAAGUUAUAAGCAUUCCAUAAACACAAGGGCAUUGCUAUUAUGUGUACUGUGAAACUAUUGGUUUUAACAACAAUUUCUGAAAUCAACCUUGGUAUACCAGGCAAGAACAUUCAAUCGACAAGCCAUAAAAACAUCAGAAAAACGGGUGAACUUCUUGAUGCAGCCCAUGGAUGGCAAUGCCAGGCCAUCCAUACUAUACAAAGGCUCAAAGCUAUUCCUCUAUAUCUCAUUAUUAUCUAUUUGCUUAAGCUUUAUACUUGGGACCUAGUGGUAUUAUUUAUGCUUUUUAUCUGCAAACUAGUUUUCUAAUAUUCCAUUUUAUUGCAUGUAGUUCUUUACUUAUUCUUUAUCCUUGAUUCGCCUUCACUUUAUGUUGUGGCAUUCCCAACACAGAGGUGUUUACCCAAAAAUGUACCUGUUCUAUUGUCACCAAACUUGCUUAUGGCAAAAUUUCCAAUUCUGGACCACGAAGCCUAACUGAUGAUGAUGACAUGUGACGCUGUCAGUGCAGUCUAAACAUUCUGUCAGCUCAAAAAACUCUAAAUUGAAAAUGUACUUUUAGAUUUGCGAAUAAUGCUCCUAUCAUUACAUCCUCAUCUUUAGAACUCCAGCACUCUCACCAUGCGAGGUAAAGACAAGUCUGAAAUUGAUUGAGGAUGGUGACAGCUUGAAUAUCCUCAUACAAAUUGGUAAUUUUUCUCAUCAGUCUUAUCACUGGUCCAACUUUCUUUCAACCCAGGUGUAUUUUUGAAUUCACAUUCACAACCUCCUUAUGUCUACUAUUUUGGACAUCAUCUACCGAAAUUAAGUUGUAAAUUUCAACUAAAUUGAUUGAUUCAUGCUACUAUAGUUAUGUAUUGUGGCAUAUAUAAUGAUGUACACUUCAUAGUCUAUAUUUGUAUACCCAAACAUUCCAUUUAAUAUGUGAUGUAUUUUAUUGUGCAGCAAAUACACUUUUAUAUACUCCAU